UGCAUGUUAUCGCAUUGAUAUGACAAAUGUAUCCUCGUAAUAUCGCUAGAACUCCGAUUCAGCCAUCUCACCACUCCAUGCCACACAAAACCGAGAUCCUCGUAAGAUACGAGUUGGCGGGCGUUACGAAUUGAACUUUAACCCCUUCUUCCAAGUUCAAUAUCUGGAAGCCCAGGGAUUCCAAGUAGACUAUAUGGUUUGAUCGGUUUGAAUUCGGGUUUCUUUCAGUAUUGUAUGUGUAUAUGUUGUACGGUAUCCAGGGGUUUGGCGAUUGAGACCUGUUGUUGUGUUGUGUGACUGAUCGGGAUGUUCAUGGAGAUAUAAGGGUACGUAUGUUUUAUUAGGGUUUAUCUCUGAUGGAAGACACUGGUGAACCAGAUCCAGAGCGGCGUCACUUCAGCUCUUUCUCACCCACUGCCUCUACUGACAAGAAUCGGCCUUUUUCGCCCUUAGAUGCGAAAAAGGAGAUGGAUAUUGCACUGCUUCAAUAUCAAAAUCAAAAGCUUCGUGAGAGGGUGGAGGCUCAAAAAGCUGAGCGCACUGCUCUGGAGAACAAAUUAUCUCAACUAAUGGAGAAACAGCAGGCAUAUGAUGAGACCUUAGCAGCAGUCAAUAGAGCUUGGGAUGAGCUGAUUCAUGGGUUAGAAUCAUGCUCUAGCGCUGGAAACUUGAUAAAUGUUGGACAAGAAGCUAACAAACAAUUGAUCCCAAAGGCCUCCGUCUGGGAUUUUCUGUGUUCUUGGAGGUGAAGUUGCCUGUAGGCCAGCCAUUGUACAGCUUUAUCUCCCCGUGCGGAUGCUUUCUUGACCCGAUUAUUAGGAACUCAAAGCACCUCUGCAAGUAAUCACAUGGAGCAGAUUGGAAGAGAGACGAGCACAUCUGAUGAGAAGUCAAAGUAAUAAUUGCACUUUGCUAUUUAAACAAGGUGCAUCACUCUUGUCGGUUGGCCAUAUAUUGAAAAACGAAGUGUAUUUAUCAUCGACCAACAAGAAUGUUUAAAUAGUUACCAUUACCCUCAAACAAAUGAAUUGAAGAUGAGUAGCAACAUGAACAGGGUCUUUUGGACUCUCUGCCUAAAGGUUAGAUGUUGUAAUGAAUAAUAUGUUAAAGUUAUUUAUUUUAUUUUGGAGCUUUGUGUUGGAUAUGAAUAUCUGGAGGAAAUUUGAAAACUAAGAGUUAUCAAAGGUUUAUGAUUAUCUAGUUUUUU